UUCAGUAGCUCUGUACCUCUAAAGAUCCGCCCCCCUUCAAACAGCUGGUACUCCCAUCACUACAGAGUCUGCACGAGCGGCGCAUGCUCCUGGGUCCAGUCUGAUAGAGACGAGAUGGCGGCAGCGGCGUCUAAGAGGAUGAGCGUCCGACAGAGAGUUCCUGCUAAGAGCGACCGGGACCGGACCAGCCAGGAAGUCAGCACCGGGGGUAAACACUGCAUCCUGGACGUGUCGGGGAACGCCAUCAAGAGACUGCAGCUGGCUCAGCUUCACCCCAUCGCCAUCUUCAUCAAACCCAAAUCUGUGGAGAACAUCAUGGAGAUGAACAAGCGUCUGACAGAGGAGCAGGGCAGGAAAACCUUCGACAGAGCCACCAAGCUGGAGCAGGAGUUCACCGAGCAUUUCACAGACUCCAUGUUGGGUUUCCUGACCAGCAGAGUAAAGCACACAGGAAGUCUGCCGACACCACACUCGACACGGUACAGCUCCUUAAUGUUUAAGGGAGGAGAACUAACCAGGACGGGAAGAAGACGAGUUCACCAAAGUGGCGAGAAGACACCAAACAAAUACUACGGUAUCUUUGGCUCUGGAACUAAACUGUAUGUAACAGAUAAGCCGGUAGUGAAGCCCGUGGUGAGCGUGUACCCAGCAGCAUCCAGAGCCCACCAUGAGGGGAAGAGCUCCCUGCUGUGUGUGGCCUCAAACAUGUUUCCUCCUGUGGUCCGCUUCUCCUGGAAAAGACGAAAGGUGAACGAGUCUCUGGAGGAGCAGGCACCUGCUGAGGAGGUGCAGCUGGAGCUCAGAGAGUCGGGACGCACCGCCGCCAUCAGAGUGAUUGAUCGGGACGCUCUCUACACGUAUAAAUACCGCUGCUACGUCCAGCACGAGGGGGGGGUAGUGAAGGCCCAAACAGAACAAGAGGUUCCGGUGGCCUCCUGUCCUCCAGAGAGAGAGCCAGCAGACCUGGCAGCUCUGCAGCAAGCUGACUUGUCCUUCCAGUCUCAGUGCAGGGUGAAGCUGCUCUGGCUGCUGUACACAGUGCUGAUAGUGAAGAGUCUGGUGUACUGCUGUGGACUCUCUCUGCUGAGGAUCCUCAGAAACAAGGGACCGUCCACCAGCUGCACACAUGCUGACUGACUGUUUUCUGCUCGCCUUUUCUCACCAUCAGAUCUCAUCAAUUCAUCUCAGUGAUCACUUUGAUCAGCUGUCAGAAAUGUAAGAUAUGCACAGGUUAGAUAGAGUCAUCCUUAAAAUAUAUACACAUAUAUUUGCAGUUUGCAGAGUUUAAGUUCUGUGGAGUACUGUUAUUUUGAUGCUGUAGUUUAUUUCCACUUUUAAUUGUGACUUGUAUAAUAAUAAAAAAUGAAGCUGAA